CAAACACUGAAGAUCAUAUCUAUUUAGAUGAUUCGAUAUCGGUAAUAAGUUGCAGCCGAGGGAAUCCCAAAAAACAACAGGCGUAAUUUACAUGACCAUGACGAACAAGAAAAGCAUAAAGGAAGGGGCAAGGAAAGUGAUGUGGAGGAAAUAUCAGUAUAUGGAUCAUUGAACGCGCGAUGCACAUAUAUGUCGACUUUUUUUUAAUACUGUGCGACCUCGGUGCUUGAUAAAUAUCGCGUCUGCAACGUCAAGAAUUGGUAAUCGUGAACAUGCUCUCCCGCGGAACCGAUCGUGCGAUAGUUCGACUAAUUUUCGCACUAGCAUGCAUACUCACGAGAUCGGUGUUUUCCUACGUGCUACCGGAUCCAACUUUUGAGGUGUUGAAGCCGCAAGGUCUUCGAGUCUCUAUACCUGAUGCACCGGGUUUAAGAAUAUUCGGAUUCCACGCCAACAUCAAUAAAACAAUUCGCAAUAAUGAAUACGGUCAGAUCGCCGGUAACGUCUAUUUAGCAACAGAUGGCCGUUGGACUUUUGAAGAUCCGGACGUAGCCAUAAAAAACAAAGAUGUACUUCAUUAUUGGAUUUAUGCGCAAGUCGACGAAAUUCAUCACAAAAGAGAUAACCAAAGAUGGACAUAUUCCCCAAAGGAAGAUCAAGAAGUUGACAGUCAAGAAACUACCCAAAGUUCUUCAAACUACGAAAUUCCAACAGAGGGCCGAUUAUUACUCGAAGAUAAUUUCAAUUUUUUUAACGAAUCAUUAUGGAAACGCGAGAUAAAAAUGCCAUUAGAACCGGACUAUGAAUUUUGCGUAUAUCACAAUCAAAACCAUGAACAACUUAUGCAAGUUCGUGAUGGUCAUUUAUUCAUAAAGCCGAUUAUAUUGGAAGAUUAUUACGGCGAGAACGCAACCGCAUAUGGAAAAUUGCAACUUAAUGGAUGUACUAGCAUGGUUACUGUUGAAUGUACGCGGCAGGCGUUAUCUUAUAGCAUUCUACCACCCGUUAUAUCCGCACGUUUUACUACGAAAGAACGUUUUGUUCUGCGAUAUGGAAAGAUCGAAAUACGUGCAAAGUUUCCCCAGGGCGAUUGGCUCUAUCCAGAAAUGUGGCUUGAGCCGCGAUAUUCUACUUACGGUCCAAACUACGAAAGCGGUCGUGUUCUUUUGGGUUUGACGCGCGGCAAUGAGAAUCUGGUGAAUGUAACAGACGUUUCGAAGAUCUAUGACACCAGAAGAUUGGAUUUUGGCGUGAGAGUAGGUGAAUCCCCUAAUAAGAUUCGAGAAAUACUCGUUACGAAGGUAAAUGAAUUUGGUCCACGGUGGACGGAAGAUUUUCAUGUGUACACGACGAUCUGGACCAACGAUGGUUUCACGUUUUUGGUCGACGGUGAAGAAGUUGGCCGAAUGAGCUGUGAUGAAGAGGAAUGGAUAAGUGGUCCUCACGCAGACAGAAAAUCUGCUCCGUUCGAUCAAGAAUUCUUUGUCACUCUCGGCGUCGGUGUAGGUGGAAUACGCGUGUUUCCGGAUGAUACGCUCAGUUCAGGAAUACGAAAACCAUGGAGAAACAUGGGUGUUAAGGCAAUGUUGAAUUUUUGGAACUCUCGAAACCAAUGGCUACCAAGUUGGAGACGAAACAAUGGCAAUAAGACUGCGUUUGUAAUAGAUUAUGUCAAAGUUUGGGCUCUUUGAAUCAAUGUUUGAAUUAAUAUAUGUAUAUGAUCCUUCAUUUUUUAAUUAUAUCUAUCAUUUUUAAAAUA